AAACCACAGACUGGAUAAAGAACAGCACAGUCAUUAAACGGACACUUAUCGGAACAAACAAAAAGCUAAAGAAACAAUAUGAAGCUCUAUAUUACAUUAGCUGUUGUUUGCUUAAUUGCCAGUGCUGUUGCACACGACAAAUUGCCUGAGGAGGAGAAAGCCAAGAUGUUGGUUCAAUUCCAGGAAUGUGUUAAACAGGAAAACGUCUCCGAAGAAGAUGUCACUAAAUUGCAGAAAAAGGAUUUGUCUAAUGCCACACCCGGCAUGAAAUGUUUCGGAGCUUGCUUCUUUGAAAAGGUCGGGAUUUUGAAGGACAGCGUUGUACAAGAAGAUGUGGUUUUGAAAAAAUAUGCACCUUACUAUGGUGAGGAAAAUGUCAAGAAAGUUUUGGAGAAAUGCAAGAACGAAAAGGGUGCCGAUCGUUGUGAUACAGGUUUCAAAAUCUAUGAAUGUGCCGAAAAAGCCACAGCUGAAUGGGAUCAUUAAAUGUUGUGAAAAAAAUUGCUAAAUGAAGAAGAUAUUUGUAAAUAAAGUUUAUUGAAAUAAAAAUGUUUUUAUUGUGGUG